UAGGUAAAAACAUUAGACUGAAUGCUGCCACAAAAUUUUCAACAUCAAUCCUCAAUCUUGGGCGUAAAUUGCAAAAAACCUAAACCUUCAAAGAACACCUCACCGGUCAUUAACUAUCAUGAAGCUCCUUGAGAAGGAUAUUACCCUAAACCAGUCGGGUAGUGUGAAGGUGAUUGCGGAAGACCCCGAUGACUUAUGGCUCCUCUACAACCUCAUUUCCAGUGGUGACACCGUCACCGCCGACACCACACGCAAGGUCCACCUCCAGUCAUCCACCAAGAGCACAGCCGCAUCACGCGUCAAGCUCACACUCCACCUCAAGGUAACGCGCCGCGACUUCCACAAAGACUCCUCCACCCUCCGCAUCCACGGCCGCAACCUCGAGCCCAACCAAUAUGUUUCUGCAGGAUCCUUCCACACGUUCACCCUCGAAACAAAUAACCCCUUUGAGCUUCACAAGAAGCUAUGGAACCCCCAAGCCAUCGAAAUCUUAAACGAAAGCACUAAAAAUCUCACAUGUUCUUCUGAUUCUUCCAAUGCUGACAUUGUUGUUGUUCCUCUUCAACAAAACCAAGCUGAGAUAUACUUGCUUACAAAAGGGAUUACCACACGUUGUUCCAAGGUUGAAGCUUCACCAUCUUCUUCACAUUCACAAGCACUGAGAAAAGCUUCCUUUAACGUGUUCUUCCGUGAAGUUUUUGUCGAUUUUGUGAAGUGCGUGGAUUUUAAUGUGGUUAGGAGUGUGGUGAUAGCGAGCGAUAAUGCGUCAAGGAAGAGAAAGGGAGAGUUUCAUAAGUUUUUGUUGUCAGAAGCUAGGAGGUUGAGGAUGAGGUGGAUAGAGGAGAACAAGACAUGUGUCGUGGUUGUGGGGCCCGGGUGUGGUGAUUUGAGGGACGUUUUGGGUGACGUGGCGGUGAUGAAUGUGAUAAGGGAGAGCAAGGUAGGGUUGGAGAUUAGGGUUUGUAAGGAGUUGUGGGAUAUGGUGUGUAACGGCUCAGAUCGCGUGUGUUAUGGUCCAAGGGUUGUGGAGAGUGCGCAGGAGAUGAGGGCUAUUGAGACCCUUUUGAUAAGUGAUGAACUUUAUAGGAGUGAAGAGACUGGGGUGAGGUUAAAGUAUGAGGGUUUGGUGAGAGCAGUGAAGGACGGUGGAGGAAAGGCUUUGGUGUAUUCCUCCAUGCAUGUCUCAGCACCGCAUCUUGCUCAGCUCACGGGUGUUGCUGCUAUUCUAAGGUUUCCUUUACCUGAUCUUGAAGACAUGGAGGAUGUUGUUUAAUUUAGAAUUGUAAUUGCUUUACUUAUUGUAUAUUAGUUUUAAAGUAUUGGUGUAUUUGAAGCUGUAAUUGUGGUUGCUUUACAAUCCUUAAAAUUAUAAAAAAAAUGAAUAAAUUAGGAUUGUAUAUAGUCAUACUUAUAGUUAUGAUCGAUGCAAAUAUGGAUAGAGGUGUUCAUCGGUUAGGAUUUGACCUGACGAACUCGAUAAAUCAAACCAAACCAAUUAAGUUUGUUCGGAUUUG